AUGGACAAGUUUGUCAUCAGAACUAAACGUAGCCCUAGACCAGAAUGUACCAGCUCAGCGAAAGUGGACAAUAAAAAGCAAUCAACAAUCGAAAGUCUUGCGGUGAGUUUUCAAAAUGUUCUAGUCACCAAUAAUUAACAGUUUCACUUACAGCCAAGGUAAACUGUAUUAGUUUUAGAUCACUUACUAGACUGCGAGCAGUCUCUUAUUUUUCUUUGCAAAGUUACUGCACGCGAAACCCAAGCACGCGAGAUCGUCCCAAUCCCUUAUUGAAACGUAACGUCGUGGUUUGCAAUCGCGCUGGCCGAGAUAAGAACUAGACGGAUUUUAAGAGAAAAGGCGGACUGCAAGCAGUCUUAUCACUUACUAAAGUAUCUUGUUGUGUAGCCAGAAUGUUUUAGGAUUUUUUUUAGGCUAAAUUACGUUGUAUUAUUAUUAUUAUUUUCAAUCUUUUUCAACGGGUUUAUACAAGAUGUUUCUAGGGUACCGUAAUGCAAGGUACAAGGAAUUUGACGUUUGACAAAUCUAGUUAGAUAUGAUGAUUUUUUGUUUUUCUAGAGUGUUGUUGUAGUGGAAGAAAUACACCGUCUUAAAUGCGAACUAGAAAGUGAUGUCUCCACCUCUGAAGCAAUUUUGUCCGCGUUAAAAAAGUUGGGUAUGAAGAACUUGUCUAAAGAUGUUUUACUCUCCACGAAAAUUGGCCACACUGUGAACCGACUGCGGCGUCAAGGAAGCAGUGAGGAAAUAAGAGAACAAGCUAAGCUCGUCUUUAGAAGAUGGCGAGGGUUUAUCAAAGAAUUAGAAAGAGAAAAGCCUAUUAUUGAGGUUCACUGUGAUAAGAAAACUGAAGUUGUGAGAGGAAAAGCAAGAAAGUUGUUGGCUGAUGCUAUUCAAAUGACGGUAUGAUGUUCUCAGCUUAUAAUUAGCAAUUAAUGAAUGAGGCUGAGUAGGAUAUGAAGAAUUAAGCAGAUCAAGGAGGGUGUUAUCCACAGAGGAUGAAGCCCGAGGUGGAUAACACCCUCCAAGAUCUGCUUAAUUCUUCACAUCCUACAAAAGCCGCAUUCAUUAAUUGCUUUAUUAUUCAUUCAAAAUAAUUCCUAGUUUAAAAACAUAACCAAAACAUGCUUACCUGCAUCAAAGUUAAGUUUAUCUUCGAUAGUGAACGUUCAGGUUUGUCCAGCUCCGCAAAUAUUUUCCAAAUAGCAGAUGUCGCCCUUCGAGUUGUCAUCUUCCUGUUUUUACUGUUUUUAGCCAUUCUUUCACCUAGUUCCAGCUGUAGUUCUUACUCUUGAAACAACUGAAGUGUCCGCCAUUUUAGUUUUCACAACGAAAACAACCCAACCUAGCCCCGGGUCUUCUCGGUUAACGGUGCAUUAACCUGUAGAAGGCUGCAUUUUUAACGUCAUUUCCUCGUUAAACACAAAAUUCUUCCAAAUUUGGUCAUCAGUGACUGGUUAUGGUGAAUUAUGCGUGUGCUUUUAUCCAAUCAGAAUUAGGGAAAUAUUUUGAAUGAAUAAUAAUAUUAUUUGAACACUCAGUAAAUGCAAUCUUACUGCCAGGAAGUUAGAGCUAUUGCAUUCUGAAACUGAGGCAAAGCCGAGAGUUUUCACAGCUUGUAAUACACAACCGGAGUUUUUUGAACGGCUUCAAAAUCUCUAAUAUAGAUCAACUUAUUCUUGCCUCGCCUUGAGUUUUUAAACCUGAUAAUACACUCCUGCUCAUUUUUAAACAGUACUUAACUUGACCUUGUGGGCUGCAUAAUAAUUAUGCAGAUAGCUUAGCAAUAAAGUUGAAUCAGUACACGUAGUUUGUCUGUAAAGCAGAUUCACCAGCCAUUAUGAUACACAAGGUCUUGUCCCUACAUACUUCACGAGGAGAGCAAGCCUCCAUUAUGUUUGCAAUGGAUUGUUGCUCUUUGACAAAAAUCUUGUGCCACAUGUAUGUUUACUUGCUUAUGCAUUCAAAAAAUAAGAUAUUUUUAUAAAACUUUUUUUAUAAAUUUAUUUAAAGUUAUUACAGUAUUUAGUGGUCCUUUCUCUACCAUUUCAUGAACAAAGUGGAAAUUGAAAUUAUUGUUAGUUUUUGACGACAGGGGGAAACUGGAGUUUCUAGAGAAAACCACUCUAAAGAAAGAAGAACAACUCAAAAACAUACUCAACUGACAUUGUCAUGUUGCAUGUUGCAUUAGAAUGUAGGCCCCAUUAGUGGGAGGCCUGUGCUCUUACCACUAUGCAACCAUGCUCAGCAAAGAAACUUGUUGUGGUGUAUAAAGGUAGAAAUGUUUUUAACUUGUUAUCUGUUUUGUUUGUUUGUUUUUUCCUUAUUUGCAGAUUACAGAAAAUUUACCAGAGCUUAUUGAAAGGACUGUGUUUCACAAGUUUGGCAGGCUUAUCAACAACAACUAUAAGAGAAAGAUGCGGUCAUUGGUUUUCACUUUGAAACACAGGGAUGCUAUCAGAAAUAGGGUUUUAAGUGGAGAAAUUACAGUGGAAAAAUUUGUUAACUCAUCUCCUGAUCAACUUUUGACAUAG